CACACCGAUAACCCGAGCUUGCUUAGACACUACACUGCGUGACUGUUUAGAUCAGUCCCUAGACGGAGAAUAAACGGCAUAUACAGCUACCUAGGUCCAGAACUAGGCUAUCAAUACUGUCUUUAUUAGUCUUCUGUAUCUGCUUGAGCAUCCUUAGAAAGUCAUCUGCAGCCACCUACUAGAUCGAAUACAUAGUAGAAAAUCACGAUGCAGACCGAAAAGUACACGCUUUCUCCUCCGAGUCUUGAAGAGCUCGCCAGCGCACUUAGAGCCCCUCUAUCUUCCAAUUUCGAGCAUGCAACCGUAGACGUUGUCCAGUGUGCUGAUUUACGCGAUGCUCCAUUUCAUCUAGCCACAGAAGGGCUUUCAGGCAACGAGCGAAUUGCAGACGUUGGCGGACAACCCAACCUCUUUCCGACUCCGCGGCUGGAUACCAUCUGGAGCAUGAAGGAAAUUGCCAAGGCCAUGGAAAUGGAUUACAGCAAAGGCAGUCUGAUCGGAGCUGGGGCUGGACCAUUCCACCAGGUUGGCCGCAAUUGCGAGCUUGUUCCUAAUUUCAGCUGGGAAGGGGGAAUGGAAAAUAUCAACAAUCAGUCAUACAUUGCGCAGAUUGCAGGAGGAACCGGUGCUCCUGGAGUCCAAAAGAGCCCUUCUUUGGAUUGUGCACUGAUGAUUAAUCUGUACGGUUCAUCUGGUAACCCUGGCCCAGUCCUCAAGAUUACUGCGCGGAAACGGAAAGGCGCCGAGAAAAGCUUCACCGAGUGUAUUCGUAAAGCACUUAAUACCGCCUUUGGGGAAUCGAGAACGGUCAGCCUGGGAGGAGCGUUCCUUGUUAAGUCGGGGAGAGCGCGCUACCAUAUCAUGCCCGAUUUUCCUCCUGCUGACGACUUACCUUUCUCAUCUGCAAAGCAGCUCAACGACUGGUUAACAUAUCACGACUUCGAUGGACCUGUUGUGUGCCUCUCAGUUUUGCAUUCGGCGGACCCUGAUAAGAAGAUGGGUUUGCGCAUGGAACAUUCGCAUGGGUUUUCGGCGACCAAGGCAGACGCUGGAGGCCAUUACCACUAUGAUAUGGAUGGGCACAAUGAGGAUAUCGAGUACGAAGGUUAUUUCAAUGUUGCAAAUUUUAUAUACAGGAUAGCAAAGCCGGAGGUGACCUUAGAGCGUGAUCUACAUGAUUGAAAUCAUCAUCAAGAUAUGUCACAACGCUUCAAGGAUAGAAAUUGUUUCCUGUAAUUGCGUAGUU